AUGAAAAUACAUGUCCAACCGAACGGAAAAACUAAUAAAAAUUGUGAAAUGCAUGCCUGUUUACGAAGAACUCUGCAAAUUGCCAAACUUGCUGGAGCAUUUUCUGUGGAGGGACUUGAUAGCCCUGAUAUUGCGGACCUUAAGUAUAUCCUUGAGCACUUACUGUCCAUACUCUUCAAUUUAUCAUCUAUUAUGUCUAACAUGGGAGAGCAAGACUUAACACUAGAAGUUAUCAAACAAUACGCAUUCGUGUAUAUGGCUCAUGUAUUCAACUUGAUAUCAUUUUCAUAUUGGAAGGAGAUUAUCUACGAGUUGGUGAACCUGCAAGCCACAUUUAUAUGGAACUUUACGGAUGUCAUAUUAAUUUGUUUCAGUGUGCAUAUUAAUUCAUAUUUCGUGGAUUUAAACCAAACGAUUACUUCUCAAGUUGCUGAGGGAUCAAUCAACUGGCCGCAAAUUCGUGUAUAUUAUACGCAUUUAGUUAAACUUGUCGAUGAAGUCAAUUUUCAAUUGGGCCCUCUUAUUUUUCUGUCCUUCUUUUCGAACUUAUUUUUUUUAUGUCAACAAAUGUUUCAUGCAACUAAUAACAAAUAUGACAAAAUACAUUCUGUGUACUACGUGUUCUCUUUCUGUUUUCUAUUACUGAGAUGCUUAUUGACAUCGUUAUUGGCUGUCAGAGUGAAUACAGAGGCGAAGAAACCACAUCAAGCUUUACUUAACGUGAGCGCAGACGAAUAUAAUUUGGAUGUACAAAGAUUUCAGCGUCAGAUUCAAUACUUACCAGUUGCAAUCAGUGGUGUAUUUUUUAAAGUCACAAAAGCUAUGAUACUACAGGUUAUCGCAACGAUUAUCACUUACGAAAUCGUCUUAUUGCAGUUCAGCAGAUAG